UGAGGGAGGUAGGGAAAAUAAAGCUGAUAGAACAAUAAGCCAGAGCUGCACAGGAGAGAAAAAGAGGACAGACAGAGCUAGAGAGUUGCUUGGAAAGGCAGGUAGAGUCACAUCCAGCUGGUAUGCAAAAAGAUAAGGAGUUGGGAGGUGGCUGUGUGUCUUACUUAAGGACGAAAACCUUAUCAGGGAGGUGGUAUUGUCAUUCAGCCAGAGCAGGAGGAGGGGUCGACGGAGAGAGUUGGGGAGGGAGGUACAGAAGGAAAAGGAGUGGCCUUCUGUAGAUAGUCGCCCUCUCUGCCGGAGUUUAAGUCCUCUCUUCUCAGUGGCAGCUUGCAGGAGGGAAAACAGUGAAACAAACCAGAAGUGUUGAGAUACAAAGCAGGGAAGGAGAAAGGAGAGAAGACUUCAGACCACAUUUUCUCCCAGACUGUAUGUGGGUUUUACACAAUCAUGGCAUCAGCAGCUUCACCAAAAAGGAUGGUGUCCUCUGUCUUCAUCACUCUGGCGUCUCCUUACCGAGCCACUGUGACACAGCAGCAACCCGCCCUCCAAGCUCACAGUGUCCCAGCUAGAGACGAGCAGCAUACUGCUGUACGAGUCAACCCAAGUGACAGCGUCCCUGCCCUCAGACAGAAGAAAGAGGACCACUCGCCUUCUGACAUCUACGCCAGAGUAGACAAGAAAGGCCGGACCCCUGCAGGGGCCCCAGCUCGAGCCUCCGAACCUCAGAGCCCCAAAACUGUCCAACCUGGACCCAGCAGAGGAAAGCUGCAAGAGGACAGGGGUGCUGCAGACAUCUUCCCUCCUCCUCCUCCUCCUCCUCCUGCUGUACUGCCUUCAUCUGUGGGACCAUCGUUGUCUGAAGAUUCAGCACUUCCACCACCUCCAUCUGCCCAGAUGCCUCCCUCCCAUCCUCUAACCCCAGGCCAGCGGCCAGUUUACAACAGAGAAGUGGAAACAAGCACACCAUCUAGUGGGUUAAAACAAAAUGAACAAUCCCGAGGGAUCCACAAAAAUGACCAAGACACGAGUGAGAAGAAUACAGAGGUGUGCGGCUUCUGUCGGAAGCCCGUGGCUCCUUCUGAACCAGUGAUAGAGGCCUUAAACAGGAAUUACCAUGAUGGUUGCUUCCAGUGUAGAUCUUGUCACAUCCCUCUGGCUGGUAAACAGUAUUACAACAAGGCGGGAAUCCCACUCUGUGAAGACUGCUACCAGGCCAGUCUUGAGCUUUGCUGGGCAUGCGGUGAGGUUAUCAAAGAUCAAGUGAUCCGCGCUCUUGAGCGAGUGUACCACCUUUCUUGUUUCACUUGUACAACGUGUAAACAGCAAAUUGGAGAGCAAAGCUUUGCUCAGGGAGAAGUUGGAGAAGUUUACUGCCUCCAGGACUAUUACAGGAAGUACGCUCCAAAGUGUAACGCCUGCAACCAGCUAAUCAUUCCCAAAGAAGACGGUACUGACAGCUACACUGUUGAAUGCCUGGGAAGUACCUACCAUGAGAACUGCUACAGAUGUGAGGUCUGCGUCAUCCAGCUCUCCCCUGAACCAAAUGACCAUGGCUGCUAUCCUUUGGAUGGGAGGAUGCUUUGCAAAUCUUGCCACCUGACCCUGGUUUCUGGCCAGCACUAACGCUGGAUUUUUAAACUGCAGCCAAAAUGUCACAUGUCUUUCCCCAAUAGAACAAUAACUAAAUAUGGUUAUUCCUACAUUAUAUCAUGCUUUCUGAAGAGCCUCUCGUUCUUCUUUUGUACUUGAUAUUUUUGCACUCAAUAAACAAAAAAAAUGCACCGAAUAUAUUUAUGCAAGACACAUUUGGCAAGAAUUAUUUGAACUUGUGUAAAUCUCCAUCAGUAUACUGUCUCUAAAUCAUGUUAACCUUUCGCAUAAAAAUAAACCUUUAUAUGAAAAACCUUUAUAUAAAAAUAAAAUAAUAUAUUUUAUCUCCAGCUAUAUAUAACAUUUGUUAAAUUACACACAAACUAUCAGAAAUGAUCAAUAUGUGGAAAAAUACAAUUUCAUUCACAAGUAUGACUGUGUAACAUGUAAAAUGCUAACUUUUAG